CAAGAGUUCGCAACGUUUGCAUUGGCGACUGUCCUAGAAGGGCAUGGCUUGCAACCAUGAAGAGGAAGGCGGCAGUCCAGCCGCAGCGACUGAAGCACCAGCAGCUCCGGCUUCUGCUCCCAUUUCCAAGGGGAAGAUCGCCCCGUUUCGCGGCCGCUGUUCUUCCUCGCCGGCAGAAGUCACGUGGAGGGCUGGCUCUUUCCCAUUCUCCUUGGUCGCAGUAGCGGCGGCGGCGGCGGCGUUGCUGUUUUAAAGUCAAUUCUUCCCCGUCUCUCUUUCUUUUUGUCUACGCCUAGGGGUUCCUCCUCUCUCGGGAUCUGCCUCAGUUUCAAACGUCCGGGUCCCAGGCGAUAAGGCUCUACUCGUACGUGCGUUGCACGCGCGCACGUGCCCGGGAAGCAGCAGAAUCUCCCUUUGCGGGGUUUCGCCUCCUGAGGUGGAACGCCCCAUCUUCCCGCUGCCCCAUCGCUCCCUAAGGCGGUCUCGGGGUAAUGGAUCCCCGAGCGUGAGCUAGUAAACUGCUUCCCGCAAAUUAUGCUCGCUGCCCGCCUGCCAUACGGCCGUGAGCUGCCUUGAAUGAAACGCGCCAGGCGGGGGAGAAGGGAGGCAGCCUGAGGAGGAAAAGAUUUCAGGAAGCGUCUCUUUCUCCGCACCAAGUUUUCAGUUCAGCCGCCCCGACAUGGAUGAGGAUGGGAUUCAUCUCCACAGAAUUCCCCGCGAGUCAUACCCUGACGGUUUGUUUCAUGGGGUGGAGUUUCUCCCAGAAGACUUCAGAGAUGCUUCUAAUGAAACAACAGUGAGGAUGAAUGAGAAAUACUCCACACUACCUGCUGAGGAGAAGGGAAUCCACAUCAUCAACAUCAGAGCUAUUGAAGACAUCGGCUAUGUUCGCACAGAAAGUACGUUAUUAAAUUCAUUCUCACAAGAUCCAGAUGCCAACUGCAAAUAUGGACUUUAUUUUAGAGAUGGGAAAAAGAAAGUGGAUUAUAUUCUGGUUUACCACUACAAGAAGUCCUCAUUCAGUAAAACACUCACUCGGCGAAUUCAUUUCAAUGACUUGGGGCCUCGAAGUGUUAAGCAAGAUAAACCACUUCCUGGAAAAGGAGGGCAGCUUAGCAUGGAUGAAAGUGAACCUCACAUGGAUUAUCAUGAAGACGACAAGAGAUUCCGCAGAGAAGAGUAUGAAAGCAACCUUAUGCAGGCUGGCCUUGAGCUGGAAAGAGAUGAAGAUACAAAAAUACAUGGUCUUGGAUUUAUAAAAAUUCAUGCUCCUUGGAAUGUUUUGUGCCGGGAAGCAGAAUUCAUGAAACUGAAGAUGCCCACAAAAAAGGUGUAUCAAAUUCAUCAACCUCAUGGCCUUUUGAAGAAGAUCAAUUCUGUAAUUCAAAAAAUAACAGAACCCAUUCAACCUAAAGUGGCAGAACACAAGCAUCAGACAGUGAAACGCCUUUCCUAUCCCUUCUCAAGGGAGAAGCAACACUUGUUUGACCUCUAUGAUAAAGAUUCCUUUUUUGAUAGCAAAACUAGAAGUACCAUAGUUUAUGAAAUACUGAAAAGAACUACAUGCACCAAAGCCAAGUAUAGCAUGGGGAAAGGAGAGGGAAGAAAGAAGGACACUACCCUUUUAAAUAAAAGACGAAAAUGUGAUAAAUAUGGGAUCACCAGUCUACUUGCCAAUGGCGUUUACAGUGCUGCAUAUCCCUUGCAUGAUGGUGAUUACGAAGGUGAACAUGUUGAGCCUAAUGACAGAAAACUCCUGUGUGAAGAAUGGGCAAGUUAUGGAGUAUUUUAUAAAUAUCAACCAAUUGACUUAGUAAGGAAGUACUUUGGUGAAAAGAUUGGACUAUACUUUGCCUGGCUAGGAGUUUAUACACAAAUGCUCAUUCCAGCUUCCAUUGUGGGAAUUAUCGUGUUCCUUUAUGGUUGUGCAACUGUUGAUGAGAAUAUACCAAGCAUGGAGAUGUGUGACCAGAGAAACAAUAUCACCAUGUGCCCCUUAUGUGACAAAACAUGUAGCUAUUGGAAAUUGAGUUCUGCUUGUGCCACUGCUCGGGCCAGCCAUCUCUUUGAUAAUCCAGCCACUGUCUUCUUCUCAGUCUUCAUGGCUCUCUGGGCUGCUACCUUUAUGGAACACUGGAAGAGAAAACAGAUGCGGCUGAAUUACAGAUGGGAUCUUACUGGCUUUGAAGAAGAAGAAGAGGCAGUCAAGGAUCACCCAAGAGCUGAAUAUGAAGCUAAAGUAUUAGAAAAAUCUCUCAGGAAAGAAUACAGAAGUAAAGAGAAGGGCCAGCAAUUGCCAGAAGAGGCAGCCAACAAAUGGCGACAAAGAGUUAAGAGAGUCAUGGCUGGGGUGAAAUUGACUGAGAAAGAAAAACUGACAUGGAAAGAUCGUUUCCCAGCAUACUUCACGAAUUUUGUGAGCAUUAUUUUCAUGAUUGGGCUGACAUUUGCUAUUGUUUUUGGGGUUAUUAUAUACCGUAUCUCCACUGCAGCUGCUUUAGCCAUCAGUUCCUCUCCAGGAGGCAGGUCGAAUGUUAGAGUGACUGUCACAGCCACCGCAGUGAUUAUUAAUCUAGUGGUGAUAAUAAUCUUGGAUGAAGUGUAUGGCUGCAUAGCUAGAUGGCUAACUCAGAUUGAGGUACCAAAAACAGACAAAAGUUUUGAAGAACGACUUAUCUUCAAGGCCUUCCUUCUGAAAUUUGUUAAUGCUUACACUCCCAUUUUCUACGUUGCUUUCUUCAAGGGCCGAUUUGUUGGACGCCCAGGAGAUUAUGUCUACAUUUUUCAUUCUCUUAGAAUGGAAGAGUGUGCUCCUGGUGGUUGCCUGAUGGAAUUGUGUAUACAACUUAGCAUUAUUAUGUUGGGCAAACAGCUGAUUCAGAAUAAUCUUUUUGAAAUUGGCAUCCCAAAAAUGAAAAAAUUUAUAAGAUACUUGAAGCUGAAACGACAAAGUCCUGUAGAUCAUGAAGAGCAUUUGAAGAAAAAACAGCGCUAUGAAGUAGACUAUAAUCUAGAACCUUUUGCUGGCCUUACUCCAGAAUACAUGGAAAUGAUCAUCCAGUUUGGUUUUGUAACCCUGUUUGUUGCAUCCUUCCCACUGGCUCCCUUGUUUGCAUUGCUGAACAAUAUCAUCGAGAUACGUCUGGAUGCAAAGAAAUUUGUUACUGAGCUAAGGAGGCCAGUUGCAGUGAGAGCUAAAGAUAUAGGAAUAUGGUAUAAUAUCCUCAGAGGGGUAGGAAAACUGGCUGUGAUCAUAAAUGCAUUUGUGAUCUCAUUCACAUCUGACUUCAUUCCACGCCUCGUGUACCUGUAUAUGUACAGUGAGAGUGGCACCAUGCAUGGCUUCGUGAACCAUACACUAUCCUAUUUUAAUGUCAGCGAUUUUCAAGAAGGAACAGCUCCAAAUGAUGCUAUGGAGCUUGGCUAUCCAGUGCAAAUAUGCAGAUACAAAGAUUAUAGAGAGCCUCCAUGGUCUGAAAAUAAAUAUGAUAUUGCAAAAGAUUUUUGGGCUGUGCUUGCAGCAAGAUUAGCAUUCGUAAUAGUGUUUCAGAAUUUGGUUAUGUUUAUGAGUGACUUUGUUGACUGGAUUAUCCCAGACAUUCCCAAGGACAUUAGUCAGCAGAUUCACAAAGAGAAAGUUCUUAUGGUAGAAGUCUUCAUGAAAGAAGAACAAGGAAAGCUGCAGCUGCUAGAAACCUGGAGGGACAAGGAUAAAAGGAGAGGUGAAAACUGUAACAAUCAUAGUCCCAGGUCAUCAAUGAGCCAUAGAGGGAGUGUGUCUUCCUGUCACUCAUGUCAUGUUGAUGUAUAGAAGAAGAAAUUGUUUUACGCUGGGGCAUUCCGUUCAUAAAGCAGCCAACACUUAAUGAUAGAAUUUCAUACUUUAACAACCUGGUGCAUGUUUAAGCAUAUGCAACUGUUUUACUUAUAUCUAUGUGAGAAAUAAUGUUCUUACAAAAAGGGAGGACCAUAUUCUAUUUCUGACAAGUUUUCUUUUUUAUUAUUUUCUUUCUUUUUUUUUGCACAAAAAUAAUGCAGGGAUUUUUUUAUAUAUAAAUAGAUAGGUAACUUGCAUAGUUAGCUUAUAGCUAUCACUGUUUUAUUUUUUAAAAGGAGAUAGGAUUCUGUAGACUCUUCUCUGAGAAUUUUAUAUUAGCGUAUUUAUUAAAAUAUGAUAAAAUGUAUGAACCAAACUACAAGUAUUGGAAUAAUAAUAAGACCCCCAUUCCUGAUAAGCUACAUCUGAAGCCUUGCAAUAUGCAAAAUAAUAGUAAUAAAUAUUAUACUGUGGAGUGCUUUUUGCAAGGCUGUGGCAACAAAGCUCUGACUUGAAUCUGCCAACUUUUUUACAAGCAGAAAUCCUGUUGAGUUUCCUUGACGAUAUGCUGAAUACCCUGCAUUUUCUCUUAAGUGAAUGCAGUAGCAAGAAUAUUUUGUUUUCCAUUUGGGAUACUCACCUCAAUUCAUCACUUCAUCCGCAUUUCAUUUACCUUAGUGACUAGAAUGGUCAGACUCAGAUCAUUGUAAUCUCGGUCUCAGCACUAGCGAGAGCAAAUUACUUGACUAUCUUUCAUUUCUUCUUCUAUGAAAGAUGAACAAUUUGUGGAAGGGCAUUUCAUUUAGUAAUUCAGAGUGUCUAGUGCACAUUCCAGAGGGGACUCCAGAGAACGAAUAUUAGCAUCAGCACAAUUUCCCCAAGCACUGAGGGACCUUUGAAGAAAAGGUGUCCUGAGUUAAGAGCACACAAAGAAAUACUAGCAAAUUGCACUGCCCACCACAAACCUGGAAGCCUUGUUGCUGAAGGAAUACAUUAAAUAAAUGUAUUCCCAGUUAUGGUUCUAUAUCAUCUCCGCUCAGUAAAACCAGAAAUACUGUGUUUAAAGAUAUUGCAUCUUUCUAAAACAUUAAUAUAAUUCUGUCAUUUCACUGACCAGAGUGCUAUCCUAGCUCAUAAUAUCUUCUUACAUUAAGUAUUUUGGCCCAGCAGCUCAUUUCUAAAUAUUAUGCUCUUCCAUUUUUACAACUUCUUUGUUUUUUUCAAGUCUGAUUCAUUUUUCUUGCUCUCUUUCACACUGAAAUGGUCAAAGAGUUUGUCUGAGCACCAUCCCAGUGAAAUUUGGGCCUUUUUCCUUUUUUACUAUGGGAUCAUAUGAUAGAGGUUAUAAGUUAUAAGUAUUAUGGAGCCAAUAUAGAGAUGUGCAAUUUUGUCCCCUCAUAAUACUAGUCGUCUUAUGAAAAUUGAUCAGGAGCAAGUUCAGAACAGAAAAAAAUAAAUAUGGUGUCACAUAAUCUGUGAUUACCAAAUUAUGUCUUUUAAAAGAGAUUAUACCAUCUACAGAGAAUAGAUUAACACAUGAAUAGUAGAAUGGUAACUAGUUGGUGCAAUUGUUCCAAGGCAGUAUAGGAAAUUAAGUAUAGCAGAUAUACAACAAUGUAAAGUUAUUGCUUUUAUGCAUUGCUAGUAAACUGCAUGGAAGUAUCUGGAAUCGGGGUGCUAGACUAGAUGGAACUCAGGUGUGAUCCACUAGUGAUUAUCUUAAGUUCUGGUAACUUUAACAGUCAUAUAAGCGGCAUUUCAGUCUUGUUCUUUUUAGAUUCUCUUUUUUUUUUAAAAAAAAUUCAUAUAAAAUUAAAAAUAAGAAAGUGAAAAGGGUUAGCAGAAUUAAGAGACAUUUCAGUUGGCCUCAAAGGAAGGUUCUCCUGUGUCCAUCACCAGUGGCUGGGCAUCCAAAAAUAAUAAUGAAAAGGUGGCCAGUAUGGACUUAUAAUGGACCCUAGCUUUAUUUUUCCUCUUCAAAUAGCUAAAUAUUUUAAUUAGCACUAAGCCUGCUUUGGAAGGAUGGUGGAAGAGCAGUUUGUAAUCUCUGCAAUCUUAGAAAGCAGAAGAACAAUUCAAGGAGAUGAAAUUAAUGACACAAAUGUUAGAGAAAACCAGCAGGCCAAAGUGGUGAAAGGAGAACACAAAUACAUUACAGAUUUUGAUACAAAGUUUUUUCCUGGAAAUUUGAGGAACCCAUGAACAGCAAUCCAAUUACCGUGUGUCAAUCAGUCCUAAAACUUGCCACAACAGCAUAUUGCAAUGCAGUUCUGUGAAUGUCAAAGUCCAGCUGAAACAGGAAUAAAUCCUGGUAAAGACUGACUCCAUAGCCCUUCAAGCCAACUUCUAUUUUAAAUGUUGCCCUUGGCUAUCCAUACAUCAGCAAGCCAAGGUAGAAGAAGGAAUGAAGAAGAGCUUGACCUGUUGAUAUGGAUGGCAAAUACGAAGCAACCUAUAUAGAAUUCUUCAGAUAUGGUAUGUGGUUGAAAAUGUUGAUGAGAUGCAGGUGUAUCAUGGACAAAAUAUAAAGGGAUGUCCAACCUUCAUUGUCUUCCUGUUAGAAAUCAGCAUGCAGUAUUUGCUUCUUCAUACAUGCUGAAGGCCCAACAGUUUCUGACAGCAAGCAUCUGAUCUGAGAAAUGAAGGAGUAGGGAAAAUCAGUUAGUAGUCUCUAGGCAAUCUUCGCACACUCUGCUUCUGCCAAACAUUUGGAAACAAACAGCACUGUUGACAGGGUCUGGGCAGCCGAGGAACAUGACAACAUUCCUCCCAAAGUAAUCCAAGAGGCAGAUCUGGAUUAUAAAUCCUAGACCUGGAAGAGCCUUGCCAAGACUCAGUUACAGCUACUAUAUCAAUCCCUUUGCUUAGGAUAAAAAGCAAAGCCUCCUUGGAGUCACACUCAAUGCCUAGUGACUAUUUUGACACCAUGUGGCUUUCUUGGUAACAGUAUUGAAGUGGAUUGCCAUUGCUAUCUUCUGAGAUGAUUUUUGGACUUGGGCUUCUUCAACAUUCAAAUCUAGGCUGUAGCCCUAGUAUUUAUGGGUAGUCUCCCAUCAAAGUAGUGAUUGACUAGGUGCUUAGGAUCAGGGUAAUUAAUUGCUGAAAAAGGAUGGUUUAAAGAUAGAUAAGCCAAUGAAGUGUGGAAUCAGAAUCAGAAUUAUAGGUACCACCACAGUUUGUGUGUUCCUUGACAAUGCAUCAGUUCAGUCUUACCUACAUUUUCCAAAAGGUUAAACCUGUGCAAGUCUGUCACUUCAGCUAUGCAGAUUUCAUGAAUGCAUGGUUUUGCAUAACAAUUUGUCUCAAUAUAAGCUGCAGGACCUCAUAAAAUAUACCAAAUUAGUCAUGUAGUACAGAUUGAGAAUGAAAUAGAGAAAUGAAAUCAAACUUAAUUUCAUUUGCAAUUAAGUCUGGUAGUAUAUUGCAAGUAAGCCUACUGUGUGCUUUAUUGAAAAAGCCAAUGUCCAAGACUGUUAUAUUUCGGUUUUAAAAGUUUGUUGCAAAAUUAUUUAACAUAAAAUCACCAUUUUGUAAUAUAUAUUAGUUUUAAUAUAAAUUAUGCAAUGAAUUCAGUUCUUUUUAAAUAUAAUUUGUCCAAGAAUCUCUGUAUGUGAAAAUGUAUUAUGUUAAUGAAAUUUUGUUCAAACAUAAUACUCUUGCCAAAGAUUAUUCUGAAUAAAGGGCUUAUUUUUUUGUUUAUAACUGCAUCUUGUAAACUGAACUGCAGGAAUGUCACUUAUUUUAAAAUCAUAUUUAAAAGUCUUUUAUUAUAAAUGUAAUCAGACUUAUCUACCUUUCUUGACAUAGGAUCUAUGGAAGAAAAUAUUUGACCUGAUACAAUAAGUGUGUUUUAGCUGUGCUAAGAGCUUUAUACAAAGUAGAAUAGCUUAUGUUUAUAUACUGACCUGUAUGCAUGAAUUUGGAUUUAAAUAUGCAAGCAUUCAAUGAAUUUCAGAUGCCAAAGUGUCCCAUCCAAAGAUACUGGAUAAUGUGGAUGAAAGUUCACAUUUCUUUUUGUUACUUGAUGCAGAUGGGAGUUGGUUUCCACUUGCAAUACUAAAAAAAUGUUCUGUGUUAGAUGUGAUGACACACACAGAAGGAUUUAAAGUGUAAUCUGUUCCAGGCUUCAGUAAGUUUAUAUAUUUUCUAAUGUAAAUAAACAUUUGUGCAUACAGAUAAAGAUACACAAAUGAUAGUUUCUGUCACUGCAUUUCAGUCUCCCCCACCACCGAACAUACAUACUCACCAAUCAUAAACUCAGGAGAAGUUUAUUUUCAACAAAAGCCAAACCUGCAAGACAUUAAUUGUAUGAUUCUUGGGUUAAUUAUGAACCCAAUUACCCAACUUUUUUGUCAUAAUGUAUAAAAAAGUACUACUGAGAAUUAUUUAUUAUAAUAAUAAACCCAAAAAAUAUUUGAGCAGACCAGACUACUGCAUAAUAGUAGCACUUAGAACCUGAAAGGGAAAAGGUUCUUCAGAGCCUGCAGAAGCAUGCACUUAGCACCUAUCAGCAACUCCUUAAAUCUUGGAUUGUGCUGCAGUGGUGGAGGACAAUUACACAAUCCAGGGAAAGACACAGCUGCUUUAAGAACUUGCAGAUGUGAGUACAUGAGCUUCCUUGCACACUCCAAAAUGUUUUUUCCCUUCAUAGCUGAAGCACUGUGCAGCUCUACUAUAUGUGUGUUCUUUGAAGAGGAAAGAUGGAAAUCAGAACUAACUCUUCAUCAGAGGAACUUAUGUCCCCAAUUCUGUUUCUAAACACAGCUUUAUGCAACGUUAGAGCAGCUGAGAACGUUCAGUAUUAAGACAGGAGCUGGCUUCAUUUCCCUUCAGCAGCCAAAACAAAAUUAAAAAAUGUUGAGGAAAGCAAGCUACAUUUGUAAACAGAUUGUGGUUGUAGAAGGGCAUGACUAUAAGGGAAUCAAGAAAGUAGUAAGAUGGAAUUACUUCUUUUCACAAACACCAAUUAAUCCAAUUUUCCUAUUACUAUUAGACUCCCUAUAUUCAGGUAUAAUAUACUUAAUUGUUAUGUCCCAAUUAUUCUCACUAGAAAUUAGGAAGAAUGUACUAAACAAAAUAUAUGAGGUUCAUUUCAUGUUUUAUCAACUUGCAGUUGACAUGGAUGGCCCAAGUUAGCCGGGAUGGGGGAUGAUUUGGAAAUAAAAGAAAUGUAAAGAAUAAUCUUAAAAUGUUGGCAUAAUACUGACAUUCCUGUAAAUAUUAAGACGAUAUACUUAGAAAUGUUCAUUUUCUGAGAUCAUUAAAAAUAACAACUGCUUAUGAUUCUUUUAUAGUUUCUUUUGUACUACAUUUUUUGAAAAAGGGUUUUGUAUAUAAUGUUGUAUCUAGAAAAUUAUAUAAUGUUCCUUUUCAUGGACUCUCUUUUUUUAAAGAAAAGU